CGGCAGCAGUACAGCAGCAGACAGCAGCGGCGUGGCAGUGUAGCAGCAGUGGCAGCGGCAGCGACAGCGGCGGCAGCACCAGCAGCAGUGGCAGCGGCAGCAGCGGGUGGCAGCAGCAGCAGCAGCAGCAGCGGCAGCAGCAGUGGCAGCAGCACAGCAGCGGCAGUGCAGGCAGCGGCAGCGGCAGUGGCAGCGCAGCGGCAGCAGCGGCAGCAGCAGCAGCGCAGCAGCAGCAGCAGCAGCGGCAGCGGCAGGGCAGCAGCGGCAGCAGCGGCAGCGGCAGCAGCACAGCAGCAGCAACGACUGCGGCAGCGGCAGCGGCAGCGGCAGCGGCAGCAGCGGCAGCAGCAGCAGCAGCACAGCGCAGCAGAGUUAUGGCAGCAAGCAGCGGCAGCGGCAGCAGCAGUGGCAGUGGCAGCAGCGGCAGCGGCAGCAGCAGCAGCAGCAGCAGCAGCGGCAGUGGCAGCGGCAGCAGCGGCAGCAGCGGCAGCGGCGGCAGCGGCAGUGGCAGCGGCAGCAGCACAGCAGUAG